CAGUAAAUAGAGGGUAGUCUCAUUGUGGUGGUGUUCCCUUGGUAAACUUCCGCUUCCAAUCGGAGCCUAUGGAUCUGUACGUAUAAUAGCUACUCCGACCGCGCUCGCCGCUUCGGAAGCACACGAGAUUGCGUUCGGGACCGAAACAAGCAGGCUGGUCUCAAAUCUCUACCAGGUCUCUUGCCUGUUCCCCUGCCAGGGACUCUCUCUCUCUCUCUCUCUGCACCCCACAGAAAUUGGAGUGCCCCUUGGUAUCAUCAAUGGAGCAGAACCUUCUGUGUGCUUUAGCCCUUCCUCACCACCACCUUCAUCAUUGCGUGGAAGAUGUGAAGAACAUAGUGAAGGAUUUCAAUACCAGGUUGACAAGAGACACCCAACAAGAGAAUUUGAGCACCAACGUCCAAUUUGCCGCCAUUUCCAUCAAUUCCCACCUUCCAAAUGCCCCGCAGGGGCAGGAACCGAAACCCCAUAAAUGGCUAAAGCCUGCAGUCAGAGGCAAUCAGUCUGUCCAGUCAAUGAUGAAGAGCAUCUCAACCGCUGAGAAGGCAGUCAUUGGAGCCAUGGCCGGUGGCAUAGCUGGUGCUUUCACCUAUUUCUGCCUUCAUCCGCUCGAUACAGUCAAGACCAAGCUGCAGACAAGGGGCGCGGCAGAGAUUUACAGUGGUUCACUGGAUGUCAUUGCUAAAGUAUUCAAGUCUCAGGGGAUUCUGGGGUUCUACAGCGGCAUAUCGGCCGUCAUCGUUGGCUCCGCUGCCUCAUCGGCCAUCUACUUUGGCACCUGUGAAUUUGGCAAGUCGGUGCUGUCAAAAUUGCCGCAUUUUCCCGCGCUUCUGAUUCCUCCCACUGCCGGCGCAAUGGGUAAUAUUGUCUCUUCUGCAAUUAUGGUGCCCAAAGAAUUGAUCACUCAAAGGAUGCAGGCGGGUGCAGCCGGGAGAUCCUGGGAAGUGUUCCUGAGGAUCAUACAGAACGAUGGUAUAUUGGGUCUUUAUACUGGUUAUUCUGCAACUUUACUUAGGAACCUGCCUGCUGGAGUUUUGAGUUAUUCAUCUUUUGAGUAUCUGAAAUCUGCUGUGAUGAGUAGAACAGGGAAGGACCAUUUGGAGCCAGUUCAGAGCGUGGUUUGUGGGGCAUUGGCUGGAGCGGUUUCUGCAUGUCUUACUACUCCUUUGGAUGUAGUCAAGACAAGGUUGAUGACCCAAGUUGUCACUGGCGGUGGGGUUGUUGAUGCUGAGGCAAAGGCUAGGAUAGCCAUUUCUGUUUACACUGGGAUUUCAUCAACUAUUAGGCAGAUUGUAAAGGAUGAAGGAUGGGUCGGUCUAACUAGGGGAAUGGGACCUAGGGUGCUACAUAGUGCUUGCUUUGCUGCAUUGGGUUACUUUGCAUUUGAGACUGCUAGGCUCUCCUUAUUGCACCACUACGUUCAGAGGAAGAACAAGAUCAUCUUGGCCGUUGAACAACCUGUAUCUGUAUGAGUUUAUUGGUGUCAGAUGCACAAUUUUUUCCUUUCAUUGUCUAAUUGAUGGUAAAACAGAAGCUUGAAUGCAAUUCAGCUGAUCGAAAUAAGAAAAUGUUAAUGCAUUCUUUCUGUGCUGAAUAUCUUAAACUUGUUUACACGGAGAGAACAUGGCAAGUUGCCUCCGGAUCAGUUGC